AUGGCAAGCGUCGCUGUUUCAAGCAGCAAGCAAACCACUGCGGGCACUGGCAGGCAGCCAGACAAACCAACGGACAACAACCAACCCGACAGCGGGGUUGUCAAUCAGGACCUAUGGGAAGACGCGCAGCAGAUCCUAGCCACAGGAACGAGUAGCCACCUCACCUGCCAGAAGCCGCGCCUCUGCCCAGUACCUGAACCUGUCCCACUCGGUGACACCCACCCCGCUUAG